ACGAUAUACACUUUUACUUGAACGCAACAAACACGCGCGCUCUCUCUCUCUCUCCUCCAAUCUCCAUCCAAAAUUAUAGAAUUGACGCAGAAAUGCAACUACCGAAAGCGAACUUCAUUUCGCUACAUCCAAAGUCAAGAUCUUAGUCCUUCUUCAGUCCCCCAUUUUUUCUUCUCUUCUCUUCUCACCUGAUCAAUCAAUAAUCUCUUUCUCUCCGAUCAUAAUUUCUCGAUCAUGUCUGAUGCUCUCAUCAAUGGCCUCGCCGGCGCCGGCGGUGGUAUCAUCGCUCAACUCAUCACUUAUCCCUUACAAACUGUUAAUACUCGGCAGCAAACGGAUCGAGAUCCUAACAACGCGAAGACUAAAAUUGGAACUCUUGAACAAAUGUGUCAGGUUGUGAAACAUGAAGGAUGGGGGAGACUGUAUGGAGGAUUAACUCCGUCUUUAGUUGGUACUGCCGCUUCUCAGGGUGUUUAUUAUUAUUUCUAUCAAAUAUUCAGGAACAAGGCUGAAGGUAUUGCACUUGAACGCAGGAAGAGAGGGCUUGGGGAUGGCUCAGUUGGCAUGUUCUCAUCAUUGGUCGUGGCGGCUAUGUCUGGGUGUACGAAUGUGUUGUUGACAAAUCCCAUAUGGUUAGUUGUAACCCGCAUGCAGACGCAUACUAAGGUUUCCAAGAAAGGACAUCCCAGUCAAGCUAUAAGAUCUUCUGAAGACAAUCUAGUAGCAAUUGAGCCACCUGCGUAUGGAACUAGCAAUGCAAUACAAGAAGUGUUCGAUGAAGCUGGGUUCUUAGGCUUCUGGAAAGGCGUGGUUCCAACAUUGAUUAUGGUAAGUAAUCCCUCCAUACAGUUCAUGCUGUAUGAGACCCUAUUGAAAAAGCUGAGGCAGAGGCGCGCGAUGAACAAAAAUGGUAGCAAUGGAGUCACUGCUCUAGAGAUAUUUUUACUCGGGGCUCUAGCAAAGCUUGGAGCUACUGUCGUGACAUACCCUCUUUUGGUGGUGAAGUCAAGGCUUCAAGCAAAGCAAGUUGCUGGCACAGACAAGAAGCAUCACUAUAAAGGUACCGUUGACGCAAUCAUGAAGAUAAUUCAUUUUGAGGGUUUGUACGGAUUUUACAAAGGGAUGAGCACAAAGAUUGUACAAAGUGUUCUUGGAGCUGCUAUUCUUUUUAUGAUUAAGGAGGAACUUGUGAAAGGAGCACGCCUAUUACUUUCAAGAAAUGAUUCUUUGUUAAAGGCUCGUCAAUUAUAGGUUUGAUUCUUUUUCACCAUAUAAGUGUAUCUUUCUGGUGGCAAAUAAAAAAGUGAAGUCAAGUUCAUUGUUGAGCUGAGCGAAAGUAUGGCUUUAACCAUGAGAUGUACUCCAAUGGAGGAUGCAAGUCUUCAGAAGUGCAGUUUCUCUCUUUAAUGGCCGACUAUUCUGUUUAACCAAUAUGGCAAACAGGCUAUUACUCGUAGAAGUGUUUUAAAUUUAGAUGGCAGGGAUUAUCGAAAAUGAUUCGUGUUCCUUGCCAUUGUCGACGCCAAUUCUAAAUUGCUGAUCACUGGAGUAGCAAGACGAUGACCUCGGUGCCAAAAUCUGCUGUUCCUCUACCUUAUCUGAAAGCAAAACUCAAAAGUUACAAUCGUGAUUCGUGUAUGUAAUGUGAAUCCUUCUUAACUUUGUCUUAGUCGCUUCAUAGAACUUUGAUUGUAAUUAAAGACACGGUCUAUAGUUUCCAUUAUGAUUUCUGAUUACUCCAUA